GCCAGAACGAUACAACGUGGCUGUAUCCGUUAUCGCGUCGACUACUUGAACUUACGUAAAAUUUGAUGAUUUUCAAACAAUCAUUACGUAAAAUUAUAAAUUAUCAAUGUACUUAGCACGACGCGAUCGGUGUUGAUAUUUUUUAAACUAGAAUUUAAACGAGCAAAAAUUUUAAAUUCCAAUAAAAUUAUCACAGUUGUAUAAGCGAAAUGUGAAUUUUUGCAGAAUAAUUCGAAAUACCUAUGUACGUAAUUAUAACCCCCAAGAACAGAUUGAUGUGUUGAUUCGCAUCCAAACGUUCGCGCGACUUGAAAUUACGACCGAAUGAAAACCAUCAACGGAGUGUACACCUUUGCUGUCAUACUAUUACCAGUUGUACUUGCCUCCGUUAGCUGGGACGAUUGGUGGACAUACGACGGAAUUUCAGGUCCCGCAUUUUGGGGGUUAAUUAAUCCGGAGUGGAGUCUUUGCAGUAAAGGCAGACGACAAUCGCCAGUCAAUUUGGAACCAGAUAAAUUACUAUACGAUCCGAAUUUGAGACCGUUUCACGUCGAUAAAAGUCGGAUCAAUGGCGAAAUAAUAAACACCGGUCACAGCGUAAAAUUCAUUCCGGAAAGUAUAAACCGUUAUUCGAUUAACAUAACCGGAGGACCUUUAUCGUACAGAUACCAGUUUCAAGAAUUACAUUUACAUUUCGGAAUGCAAGAUAAAGUUGGCUCCGAGCAUACCAUCAACGGAUACGCUUUUCCUGCCGAGCUGCAAUUAUACGGUUAUAAUUCUCAGCUUUAUCGUAAUUUUACCGAUGCGAUAACACGGUCUCAAGGUGUGGUGGCUAUUUCACUGCUUAUACAGCUCGGCGACUUAUCAAAUCCGGAAUUGAGAAUACUCACGGAUCAAGUAGAGAAAUUAAAAUACCGAGGUAACAAGCUGGAAGUACGUCGUUUAUCAAUCGCCGAAUUAAUUCCAGAUACCGAGAGUUACAUAACGUACGAUGGCUCCACGACGAUGCCAGCAUGUCACGAGACAGUCACUUGGCUCAUAUUAAAUAAACCAAUUUACAUCACCAAACAACAGCUACACGCGUUACGGAAAUUACUUCAGAAUGAUACGAAAAAUCCUACGGCUCCUUUGGGCGAUAACUAUAGAUCAGCUCAACCAUUGUAUAACCGGUUACUGCGUACUAAUAUAGACUUCAAUCACGACAAAGAUGGUGAAGAUCACUGCCCUACGAUGAAAAAAGAAGUUUAUUAUAAAGCGAAUACAUGGGAGCGUCAUUGAAAGUGGCUGUGGUAUAAGAUGGCGUCGACUUCAUCUCUUAUCUUCCCAAUUGUCCUGUACUCUUUUAAUCAGUUUUGAAGAUACCUCGUGUUGCUGGUUGCUGCUCGUUCCAUAAUACGAAUAUUUUAAUCGAAUUUUCCAAACGAUUUGCCAAUCAUCAUAAAUAGUCACAGUGUUGCUUACGUUACAUGCAUCGAUUUUAUGAUCAUUUUUGAUCAUUUUGAAACGCCUUUCAAAAACAAUACCGUUGAUAAAAGUUAACUUUUGUCCUCUGUUGUCAGAGAAUUGCUCCAGAUACACACAUUUUUACUUCCUGUUAUAACUAAGUCUCGUCACUCCAUAAUUACUCGAACUAUCCUUAUUCAAUUCUACCCUCUGUUUAUUGAGCAUUUUCAUACAUUUCUGAAAUCAGAACAUGAUUCAGCUCAAUCAGCAUUUGGCACGGGGUAAUGCUCAGAAGGAUUGUCCAAAUUUACAAAAAAAAAAGUUUUGGUACCUGAAAGUAUAUUUUUGACAUUCCAGCUCACCAAUCCUUCCUUUCAGAGUUGACAUUGUCAGUGAAAAAAAUUCACCUACUCGUAGGAAACUUCAUGGCAUUCCCCAACAAGAGAAAAAUGAAAAUACACAAUCGAAGAUGGUCACCAAAAAUUGAAACUUUUCCAUCAUGGGCAAUCCUAAUAUACCUUGGCCUAGCUCCUUCAUCGCUCUAUUCUCCCCCUUUUCUCUCCCUCCUUUUAAAAAAUGAUUGUUUAGUGUAUUAUAAAUACGCUAUUACCUUAUAUUUGUUAAGUUUUUUAAAAUUUAUUUACGUAUUUAUUUAUUUGUAUAUUUAUGAUAAAUUAUCAUGUUAUUUAGCUGCGUUAUUGUGUUCCCUUAUCAAACAAUUUACUAUACAACAUACUAGCCCAUAAAUAUCUUGGAGUAGAUUUUUUUAAAUAGAUGUAUUGAUUAUACGCGAUUUGAACAAAAAAAAAUGAAGAAAAAUUAAUUGAAAAUCAAUUCGAAAAAAAAACAUAAACCGAAUUAUAUAAACUGUAUA